CCAUGCUCUUCUACUCCUUUUUCAAGUCCCUUGUGGGCAAGGAUGUGGUAGUGGAGCUCAAGAAUGACCUGAGCAUCUGUGGAACCCUGCAUUCCGUGGACCAGUAUCUCAACAUCAAGCUAACGGACAUCAGUGUCACAGACCCUGAGAAGUACCCUCACAUGCUGUCUGUGAAGAACUGCUUCAUCCGGGGCUCUGUGGUCCGUUAUGUGCAGCUGCCCGCAGACGAGGUGGACACGCAGUUGCUGCAGGACGCAGCGAGGAAGGAAGCCCUGCAGCAGAAGCAGUGACGCUCGGGUCCCUCCCGGUGGCCCCUGACCCCGCGCCCUGGCUCGGACCCUUCCCUUCCCCGAAGUACUGGAGGGUUUUGUCUGUGUUUCUUUUUUAAGGGGUUGCGUGUCAGGGGAGUCCUGGGAACAGCCGUCCUCUGCUGCGAAGGGGAGGAGGCCGGCCGGGACCGCACUGCAGUCCUGCACCUGCCUCGCUCCUUCCGCGGCACGGUGGGCGUCCGCAGCCUUCCCAGGGCAGCGUGUUACUCAUUUGGGGGACGGAAGGAAUCUGUCCCGCAUUGGGAAUAAAAUGUAUGCAAAUCUGAGU